AUGUUGAAACAGGCCCGCUGGUUCGUCACGUUUGUGGCCGUGGCGCUCAAUUUUUUCGUCUACUUCUAUCCAAAUUUGAUCAAUAACGCCGAGCUGUGCCUGUGGCCGGGCGAAACGCUCCAUUUCAAGCAGCCCUGGUUGAACAAGAUUCUUCCAGUGGAGAAGCCGUUUUGGCAAACUGCCCUUCUAAACUUUCCCCUGGUCCGUGCUCCUCGAAGCCAGCAGAUUCACCAGGAUGACGGCAUUUCCGACAUUCACAUGCUUACGUUCGGAGACCCCCAGAUCAACGGAAACUGGAAAUCCACCAAGUACAUCAAGAGACUCGACAACUACGGAAACGACUACUUCUUGGGCCACAUUUUCAAGUUGAUGAAGAGCCGCUUGGAGCCGAGCCACGUGGCCGUCAUGGGCGACCAGUUCAGCUCGCAGUGGAUCUUGGACUCGGAGUUCUACAACCGAACCCGUCGUUUUGUGGAACGAUUGUUUCCCAGGGACUACGAGUAUAAACAGACUGUUUUGGAAACGUGGGCCCGCCACGAGGACUACGACUGGGUGAAGUGGCUCAAUCAGGAGAAGAAAAUGGAUCCGGGCCACCGUUUCCACACCAGACAGUAUAGUGAUGUGUACGACUGGAUCCACCCAGAACGGCAGGAACUCAACCUUGAAAACCCGCUUUUCAUCAAUUUGACCGGAAACCACGAUAUAGGCUACAGCGGCGACGCCACGUGGCAGCACAUGGCCCGUUUCCACUACCUUUUUGGCCAGAACAACUAUGUGAUUACGUACAACAAGGGCCAGCCGGAGGAGUGGAGGAUCGUGGUGCUCGAUUCGCUUACGUUGGAGGGCCCGGCGCUCGAGGAGGAUUUCAUCAAUUUCACCUGGUCGUUUUUGGAGCAUUUGAACGAGACCAAUAAGGAUUUCCGUGGUCUGACGGUGCUCUUCACACAUAUUCCGUUUUACAAGGAAGCCGGCAUUUGUGUGGAUGGUCCUGAGCACCGCUACUACGAGAACUACGAGAAGGAGCCCUACAAGAACGGCAAGCUUCGGUCGCAGAACCAUCUUCUCUAUGAAACGUCCCAAAAAGUCUUGAAUAUCGUGUUUCCCAACGCAGACAAGGAAGGGCUCAUUUUAACCGGCCACGAUCACGAGGGCUGCUCGUCCUUCUACAGCUUCGUCAACGACGAGUGGGUUGCAGCCAAGGAGCCUCAAGAGGGCACCAGAAAGCCGAUUCACGAGGUGGUCGUUAGGGCCAUGAUGGGCGAGUUUGAAGGCCAGACGGGUCUUGUGAGCGGCCAUUUUGAUGAAAGUGAGGCAGAGUGGAAGUUUAGUUUCACCUACUGCUCGUUUGUGAUUCAGCACUGGUGGUGGGCGUCCCGUGUGGCUGCCUUGCUAGCCGUGUUGGUGCACCUGGCUGCGGUACUUAUGGGAUAG